UUGCGUUUGCGUGGUGUUUUUGUGGACGACGCCGUCGUCGCCAGCUUCAUGUGGUUCUCGGCUGCCCCCUUCCUCCCUCCCUCCCGUUCCUUCAGAAAAAUCCCUUCUUUUUUACUCGGAGUAUUUAGCCCCUCUUAUUGCAGACACAUCUCUCCCGCGGUGGCGCCCAAAACUCGCGUUGUUUGCGUGGAAUCCUCCUGUUUCACUCUACCCGAAAUCUCUUCUUGCCCAGCUAAGAGAAAGCAAAUCUCUUCUUCUUGUUGUCAGGCCACCGAUUGUGCGUCGAUUUGUUUCCUCUCCGGGUCUUGUGACCUGUGCAGAUCCAAAGGUGCGACCUUUACUGGAACUCUAUCGUCUUGGGCGGUUGAAUUGGAUCGAAUUUCGAUCCAUUUGCCGACGGUUUGGGCGUUCGUGAUCCGAAAGGUGGGAGCUUUGAUUGGGUUUUCUCGUGGAGCAUUUGUGUUUGCAAAAUGCUCUACUUGAAGCAGCCGAAGAGGAGCUGAACGACAGAGAGUCCUUUGGUUUUUCUCAAUUUAUCAGUCAGGAUUUUCAGAGCUCUUGUGUUCGUCUGUCGAUCUGAUCCGAUGGAGGCUAUGAUGGGUGGAAAAAAAUUCCUUCAGAAGUUUCGGCUCUACGAGACCAGAUCAAAAUUUUAUCUUAUUGGAAGAGACAGGAGCAGGACUCUCUGGAGGGUGCUAAAAAUUGACCGGUUGGAGUCUACUGAGCUGGGCAUUGAGGAAGAUCCAACUAGUUACACGAAGAAUGAAUGCCAAGAACUGCUUUGGCGGAUUCAUGAGGGGAAUAGGUUGACUGGUGGAUUGAAAUUUGUCACGAAAUGCUACGGAAUAGUUGGUUUUGUAAAGUUUCUUGGCCCUUAUUACAUGGUUCUAAUAACCAGGAGAAGGAAAGUUGGCACAAUAUGUGGCCAUGAAAUUUAUUCUAUUGGCAAGAGUGAAAUGAUCGCAGUGCCAAGUGUUAUAGUCUGGCCCAACGUGGCUUAUUCUAGGGAUGAGAACAGAUAUAAACGCCUACUUUGCUCGGUGGAUCUUUCAAAGGAUUUCUUCUUCAGCUACUCUUACAACAUCAUGAGCAGCCUUCAGAAGAACAUAACUGAGAAGAAUACUGGGCAGGUUGUUUAUGAAACAAUGUUCGUAUGGAAUGAGUAUCUGACACGAGCAAUUCGGAACCAUCUCAAGAAUACCAGUUGGACUGUUGCCUUAAUCCAUGGAUUUUUCAAACAGUCGAAGCUCUCAUUAUCCGGGAAGGAUUUCUGGUUGACACUUAUAGCUAGGCGUUCACGCCAUUUUGCUGGAACCAGAUUUUUGAAACGAGGUGUUAACGAAAAGGGUAGGGUCGCCAAUGAUGUUGAGAGCGAACAGAUUGUUUUUGAGGACACAUCUGAUGAAAUCCCACAUCAGAUAACUUCUGUUGUACAACAUAGAGGAUCGAUACCUCUCGUCUGGUUUCAGGAAACUUCAAGAGUCAAUAUUAAACCAGAUAUCAUAUUAAAACCAGAUGUGGACUACAAGGCAACUCGCCUUCAUUUUGAAAAUCUUGCACUUAGAUACGGGAACCCUAUAAUCAUCUUGAACUUAAUAAAGACUCGCGAGAAGAAGCCUCGUGAAUCAUUGCUCCGUGCAGAAUUUGCAAAGGCUAUUCAUUGCAUAAAUAAGGGGUUAACAGAUGACAAGCGUCUAAAGUUUUUACACAUGGAUCUCAGUAAGCUUUUUCGAAGGAAAGGCACGGACGUGCUUGCUUUGUUGACCAAGGUAGCAUCAGAUGUGUUGGAUCUAACUGAAUUCCUCCACUGUGAGAUAACUACAUCAACAAAACCUGAGGAUGCCUCAAGUGGACAAGGAAGUGUUACCAAACCAUGUGAUGACAAAAGUAACGACGGUCCAAACAUCUGUGCAACUAAGUUGGUACCUCUUUUACUACAGAAGGGUGUCCUCAGGACAAACUGCAUAGACUGCUUGGACCGCACAAAUGUUGCACAAUUUGCAUAUGGCUUAGCUGCUUUAGGGCAUCAACUUCAUGCUCUAGGGCUCACGGAAGCACCUAAAAUUGAAUUGCAUGCUCCUUUGGCUGAUGAUCUGAUGGACUUCUAUGAACGGAUGGGUGAUACAUUAGCUAUUCAAUAUGGUGGUUCUGCUGCUCACAACAAGAUCUUCUGUGAGCAAAGAGGCCAAUGGAAGGCAGCAACACAAUCUCAGGAGUUCCUUCGUACCCUUCAACGUUACUACAAUAAUGCCUACACAGAUCCUGAGAAGCAGGAUGCUAUAAACUUGUUACUGGGCCAUUUCCAACCUCAUCAAGGCAAACCUGCACUGUGGAAGUUGGACUCGGAUCAGCAUUACAACAUUGGGAGGCAAGGAACUUUAAAUGAAGAGAUUGGAAGAUCAUUCAUAAAGAGGUCGCUGUCGGACGGUAAUAUUCUGUGCGAGAACAGUGUAGCUGUAUCUAACUGCAACGUUGGAGAAAACAACGCAGAAUUGCUCCCGAUGCAACAGCUGAAUGAUAUUAGAGAGCCUUCUGAUUCUGCACCAGAGAUCUCCAUAUGCGAACCUAACAUGUACCCCAGUACUAACUAUGGCACAAUGCCUGGAAGACACUCCAUGUCAGAAGAGCGGCAGAAUUAUUUGAAAAGAUUAGGUUACCCUGAACUUCAUUCCUCAAAUUUCCUUGACCUUGAUUUGUUGUCAUCUUCGGGAAAUUCUUGUGACGAGGAAAUUUUCGAGAGGUCGUUGCUGAUCAAUUCGCCUAUGGAUGUUAUCAGUGUUGAGUCAUCUACGUUGUACAGCGAUCAAGGACACCAUGAUGAGGGAAGGGAUGAUACAGAUCUGUCGCGCUCGAGCAGCCAACUCUCAGACGUUCGGGACUAUUCCGACCUCUUUGCUCAAUGGGUCGCUAAUGGAGGCAUGCUUUGCUACUAGGCGCUGAAAUUUUGUCAUGGAAGCAACUCUGUAGAAAUUUUGCCCCAGCAGGAAGAUUCACAGUUAGAGCAGAUCAAAUGGCUGACGGCUAGGCUCAUCUGGAUGCGCAGGAGGCGUGACUGAAGCGAUGGCAACCAUGGGAGAAACCUCGCAUCGGCACAGUUGGGAAGCGUUGAUAUUCGGAGGAGGAACGAGAUGAUAUUGGCUCAGUUGGGUACAUGAUGCAAUUUGCUAUGGUGAAGAAUUGACCAUAGCGCAGACAAUAAAUAGGCAAAGUAUAUCUGAUUCUUUUAGCUUAGUUUACUUUUCCUUCUAAAUAGAUAAUUAUAAAAAAAACUUGCAUUUAAAGAAAAAAGAAAAAGAAAACUAUCGUGAAAGAAAAGCACCUGUCCUGUAAAUAGUAUGUUACAGAAGUGUAAAUAUUUGCUACUUAUAGCUCUGUUUCGGA